AUGAGAACCGCACUCUUAUUUUGCUGCACAAUCACAAUUGUUCAAACACGUCUUAAAAACUCAGCUAAAGACCUCGAGGGUCAGCUGUAUGAGGAUCUGCUUUUUGAUUAUAAUAAAAUUCCACGACCCGUAAAAAACAGCUCUGAUAUUUUGACCGUUGAUGUCGGAGCCUCCCUUAUUCGAAUAAUCGAUGUGGAUGAGAAGAAUCAGUUAACAUGGGAUCCGAAAAAGUAUGGAGGACUGCGUACGUUACAUAUCCCUAGUGACUUGAUCUGGACACCUGAUCUGGUGCUAUACAACAACGCGGCAGGUGACCCCGAUAUCACAAUUCUUACUGACGCCCUUGUUACUCAUGAGGGCCAUGUCUUCUGGCAGCCUCCGGCUAUUUACAAGUCUUUCUGUCCAGUAAGUCAUGCUACUAUGUAC